AUGGAAAUGUUUAACCAAGCAUUCCAAGAAAGAAAUGUGAACAACAAUCGUGCUCAGGCUGUAGAUCGUGCAAUUCCAGCCAACAACCGAGAUAUUAUUAUCCUUGGAGGUUGGUAUGGGCCAGGAAACAACGAGAUAUCAAAUACAGUUGAAAAUUUUAACAUAGUCGAAGGGAAGUCAAUUUACCUACCAUCACUGAACUAUCCGCGAACAGAAUCAGCAUCAUGUGUUUCCAACGAUGUCGUCUUCAUCGCUGGCGGUUAUGAUGGUCAAGCAGGUACUGACACUAUUGAGGUUUUGAAGAUGAACCAGCAUCCUUUGCGAUGGAUGAUGUUUGAGGGUAAGUUGCCUGUAAAGUUAUUUGCUCAUGUUGCCAUUGCUCAUAAAGGAAAAUUAUUCAUUAUUGGUGGAGAUGCCCAUAAAGAAGAACGGAAAAUAUCCUAUGGCAUUUACGAAGUUUGCCUUACCCCACCAUAUAUUUCCAAGCUGCUGGCAAGAAUGCCUCGACCAAGAAGAAAUCACAGCGCAGAGCUUGUUAAUGACAAGCUAUUUAUCAUGGGAGGAACGACCACAGGCUUUAAUGAAGAUGCCAUUGACAGCGUUGUUGCUUAUGAUUUGAUCAAGAAUGAGUUCAAGCCCUGUACACCGCUACUCCAGCCUAUCCAUAGAAUGUCCACUGUUAGUUGGGGUAAUAUGGUUAUCCUUAUUGGCGGGUCGGAUAAGUAUGGCCGCAGUUUAAAUGACGUAAUUAUGUAUGACACUGAGACUGGGCAAAGUGAAAGAUUACCCUCACUGAAGCGGAAGAGGCGUGGUUGCUUUGCAGUUAUGAUAGAUGACCUCAUUGUUGUAAUGGGAGGAAAGAAUGACAAGCAAGGAUGUCUCAACUCAGUGGAAAGUUACACAAUGGGAAGCGAUCAGUGGAGAGAACUGCCAGGAAUGACUGAGAAAAGACGAUAUGCAACCGCCGUUCUAAAUCCUUGCAACUGA